AUGAGAAGAGCUUGGAGUGCCCCAGGACAUGCUGGGUCAUACCAUCCAAAGGACAACUUGCACCUUCCGUGGCAAAGAAGGAAGCAUGACACCUGCAGGUCAGUGGAGAUGAGUGGACAAGACCCUCUCAGCCUCUUGGAUCUUGCAGCACAGAGCCUCCUGAAUGAUGAGGACUCAGCUGUCCGUGCCCUGGAGAAGCUCCCUGUGGGCCUCUUCCCAGCACUGUCCACGGCAGCUUUUGAUGGGGGACACACGAAGACUGUGACAGCAAUGGUGCAGGCCUGGCCCUUCCCCUGCCUCCGUCUUGGAUCGUUAAGAGAUCAGUCAAUAACUCAAGACCUCUUGGAAGCUGUCCUAGAUGGGCUGGAAUUGGUUCCUACCGGUGCUGCUUGCCCCAGGAGAUCGAAGCUGAAGGUGCUGGAUUUUACCCAUGACUUUGAGCACUCCAACUGGGAGGAGUGCUCUGAGACGACUCCUGCCCCCUUUGUCAUCACACACAUGCUGGAAGAGCCGGAGGCAGACCCGCUGGCACCCAGUUCCAAAGAACAGUCUCCGCAUAACCGAGAACCUGUGGAAAUCCACACAGACCUUUUCCUCGGCGGUUUGUUCGGCUUCUUCCACCUGUCGGGGUUCCCCUCCUACAUACUGCAGAGAGUUGAGAAGAGCCAUGGCUGUCUGCGCCUCCGCUGUCGGACCCUGGUCAUCAACCAGGUGCCAUUGCGCAGCCUGGUCGAGAUCCUGGGAAUGCUGGAGCUGGAGACCAUCCGAGAGGUGAGGCUUCAUCACAGGAGCAGGUUCUGCUUCCGGUCGGACCUGAUCCAGUUCUUCACCCAUGUAGGGCAGAUGAGCAACCUGGGCCACCUCAUCAUGAACGACAUCCCCUGGGAUUUCCCUGCAGACUGUUUCUCCUUGUUGAGUCCACUGGGCCACCUCCAGAAGCUCCAUCUCAUCUUUGGCUGUCUCUCAGGCCAGCUACAGAAGAUGCUGAGUGGCCUGCAAAAACCACUAGAGACACUGGUGAUUAAUGGAUGUAGGCUUACUGAGAAUGACAUCAGUUACUUAUCCCAGAGCAUUCAUGCCACCCACCUGAAGGAGUUGGUCCUCUGUGGCAAUAAUCUAUCCCAAAUGGUUCCUGGGCCCCUCGAGGUUCUGCUGGGGGAGGUGUCAGGCACUCUGCAGCACCUGAACUUGAGAAGCUGCCGGUUGAAGGAAGCCCAGCUCCGAGACCUGCUGCCUGCCCUGUGCUGCUGCUCUCGCCUCCGCUCUCUGGUGUUCUACGACAACGUCAUCUCCACCUCAGGCAUCAUGAAUGUGCUGCAGCACUUAGCGGGGCUGAAGGAGCUGAAGCGUGUGCAGUACCCUGUCCCUGCUGAGUGUGUUGUGUACUUGGAUGAAUACAGGUGGGGAAACCUCAACAGAGUGGAGCUCGCCCGCGUGCAUGCCAAGUUGCAGGAAAUGUUGCAGGCACUACGACGGGCCGACAUGGAGUUGACAAACGCGACCUCAGUGGCCUGA